AUAUUUUUGAAAUAAUACGUAAAAAAUAAUCAAUGAUGAUGCGGUUUGGCAAGAAACAAGAACAAUCUCUAAGAUUUUACAACACAUAAGGAUAAGGGUGAUUUGUAGAAUAAUAAGUGUAUACAAUUAAUUGAUAAGAUAUACUUUUUAUUUACAAGUCAUGGUCAUUAUUAUCUCACACUUCAUAUCUGUCAUCACAGUAUUCCACAAUUUCUGUAUAAACAUAUCUUAACAGGACCAGUACUAAGAUUAUUGAAAAUAUACAGGCUGAAAUUGAAGAAGAUACUUCAUGUGCUGUUAAUUUUUUUUCAUCGACGCAUAAUGAUGUUUCAAGUAAGAAAAAAUGUCAUCUCAUUGAAUCAAAUAAUAAGGAAACAUUGGAAAUGGAUUGUGGUGGCUGUGGUAAAAGUGUGCAAGAACGUACAGUUAUUUGUGUAGGAGGUCGUACGUGGCAUUCAAAGUGCCUUAAAUGCUGUGCAUGUUCUAGACCUCUCCAUGACCAACACUCAUGUUUUCUUCGUAAUACCCAAGUAUAUUGUAGGCAAGAUUAUAUAAUAACAUUUGGUGCAAAAUGUGCCAAAUGUGGUCGUAGUGUUGGAUCAGGGGAUUGGGUAAGACGUGCUCGAGAAAGAGUUUAUCAUUUAGCUUGUUUUGCUUGUGAUGCUUGUUCACGCCAAUUAUCAACAGGUGAACAAUUUGCAUUAGUUGAAGCAAAACUAUUAUGUAAAGCACAUUAUUUAGAUAUUGUAGAAGGAAAUAAUACAUCCUCGUCGGAGGAUUGUGACUCAGAACAUGGUGGCAAAGGGAAUAAAACAAAACGAGUACGUACAACAUUUACCGAAGAACAGCUUUCAGUUUUGCAAGCUAAUUUUCAAUUAGAUAGUAAUCCAGAUGGACAAGAUCUUGAAAGGAUAGCUCAUGUCACAGGAUUAAGUAAGAGAGUUACUCAAGUUUGGUUUCAAAAUUCCAGAGCACGCCAAAAAAAACAUAGUGGAAAAAUAAAGAAUCAAAAUGAAUGGUAGAAUAUAAGUAGUAAUGCACCUAUUAUUU